AAUAAACUCUAGUCUUCGUGAUCACGAUAAACUCAAAAAUUAUUAUUAUUUAAUACUGAUAAAUAAAACAAAAAAUUUCUGUAAAACAGAGAACAAUGUUUAAUGUUUAUGUUCAAUAUUUAAUUGAUUAUUUUAAAUUUUAAAACUGUAAUACCUAGGUUUUUUCGAAUUAUCUAUUUAAAUUUUUUUGUUGAAUCUAUUUUAUUCACAGUUUAGUACAAAGUAUCACUGCAAUGAGUGAAACAUUAAGAAUAUUAAAAAAACGAUCUAAAAAAAGAAAAAAAAUGAUUGCAAAAACAGUAAAUCAAUUGGGUUUCUCUGAUGUACAACAGUUGAGACAAGCAUUAAAUCCUUAUAGGAAGACCAAAAUGCGAAUGCGUUCAGUUAAAAAAUAUAAUGCAAUUGCAAGGAGUCCAGAAAAUACUUUUGGAGAUUCAACACCAUUUCUGAAAGGUACAAAAUCGUAUAAUCCGCACAAUGAUUACUGUCAACAUUUUAUUGAUACUGGUCAACGUCCACAAAAUUUUAUUAGAGAUGUUCACCUAAUUAAUAGAUUUGAAGAACUUCCUAAGCUAAAAGAAUUAGUUCAUCUAAAGGAUGAACUUGUAUUGCAAACUGCUACUCCGCCAAUGUUUCUAAAGUGUGAUCUGAGCACAUAUAAUUUAGAAAAUUUAAAUGUAAAAUUUGAUGUGAUACUUGUUGAACCACCUCUAGAAGAAUAUCAACAAACAUUAGGGACAACCAGAAAAAAUCUAUGGAAUUGGAAACAAGUAAUGGACUUGAAAUUGAAUGAAAUAGCAGCUCACCGUAGUUUUAUUUUUCUCUGGUGUGGUUCAUCUGAUGGUUUGGAAAAUGGCCGUGAUUGUUUACGUCACUGGGGUUUUAGACGUUGUGAAGAUAUUUGUUGGAUUCAAACAAAUAUUAAAAAAGUUAACCAUUUAAAAUACUUAGAACCAAAUGCUCUCUUCCAGCGUACCAAGGAACAUUGCUUAAUGGGUAUCAAAGGAACAGUUCGUCGAUCUACAGACGGUGAUUUUAUUCACUCAAACAUUGAUACUGAUUUAAUUGUUAGUGAAAAAAAUGAACACGGAUCAACAGAAAAACCAGCAGAAAUAUUCAAUAUUAUCGAACACUUUUGUCUUGGAAGAAGAAGAUUACAUCUGUUUGGUUGUGAUGGUACUAUACGUCCAGGAUGGCUAACUCUGGGACAAGAAUUGACUAGUUCCAAUUUCAACAUUGAUUUGUAUAAAAGUUAUUUCAUCAAUGGUCAAUUAACAACUGGAUGUACUGAUCGUAUUGAAGAAUUAAGACCAAAAUCUCCACCUUCUUUUAAUAAAGUGCCAAAAUAAAUGAAAAAUAUAUUCCUUAUAAGAAUAAAGAAUAAGGGUGUGCAGUACUGCAGUAAUAUAGUCCAAGAAGUGGUCUGAAUUGCCAGGUGAAACUUCAAUAAUAAAAUAUAGUCUAGAAUGUUGAAUUCUUCAACAGUCUUGUAUGUAGUUAAAUCAUUACACAAAUUAAACAUUAAUUUGGACAUUA